UCAAAUGCUUUUUUUUUUUUAUUGAGGUAAUUGAUUGAAUUAGGUGUGCUCUCACGUGCCUUCCGUGGGUUGAAUGAUUGUGACGAAUCAGCGGAAGAGAUUAGGUUGUUGACAGGACCUUUCAAACGCUGAUUGGUUAAAAAUCAAAAUACUCAACAGGUCCCGCCUCUCCCCGGAAGCUGACAGUCACCUGACUUUUAUUUUUUCUCCGUGUUUCCUUGUUAGCCAGCUUCAGUAUUAGCCAACAAAACAACGGCCACACUGACUUAUUCCAUUUCGUCUUAGUUUCUCUUUCUUGUCCUUCUCCAGGAGUUAACACUUCUUAUUUACCUCCAACAUCAUGGACGAGACGAGUCCGCUCGUCUCUCCACUCCGGGACUCGGGUGAUUUCAGCUACUGUCCCACAGAGCCCACCAGCCCCCGGGGCGCGUUUGGAAGUACCCCGGGCUCGGUGGUCCGUAUCCCGGCAGGCAGUCCGGGGCGCAGCCGGGAGAGACAGCCGCUCCUCGACCGGGGCAGCUCGCCGCGGGAGCCGCACAGGAACGAGUUCCCGGAGGAUCCCGAGUUCAGAGACAUCAUCCGAAAGGCCGAGCGAGCCAUCGAGGAGGGCAUCUACCCGGAGAGGAUCUACCAGGGAUCUAGUGGGAGCUACUUUGUCAAAGACUCACAGGGGAAAAUCAUUGGCGUGUUCAAACCUAAAAAUGAAGAGCCCUAUGGCCAGCUGAAUCCAAAGUGGACCAAGUGGCUCCAGAAACUGUGUUGUCCCUGUUGUUUUGGCCGUGACUGUUUGGUCCUGAACCAGGGUUACCUCUCGGAGGCCGGGGCCAGCCUUGUUGACCAGAAACUGGAACUCAACAUCGUUCCCAGGACCAAGGUGGUUUACUUGGCUAGUGAAACAUUCAACUACAGUGCCAUAGACAGGGUGAAGUCUAGAGGAAAGAGGCUAGCCCUGGAGAAGGUGCCUAAAGUGGGCCAGCGUUUCCACAGAAUUGGACUGCCACCCAAGGUCGGCUCCUUCCAGCUCUUCGUCGAUGGAUACAAGGAUGCAGAUUUCUGGCUGCGGAGGUUUGAAGCGGAGCCUCUGCCUGAAAACACCAACCGUCAGCUGCAGCUGCAGUUUGAGCGCCUCGUAGUCCUCGAUUACAUCAUCAGAAACACAGACAGGGGAAAUGAUAACUGGUUGCUGAAGUAUGACUGUCCCAUGGACACAGUUGGGAGUAAGGACACAGACUGGGUGGUAGUAAAGGAUCCCAUCAUCAAGCUGGCAGCUAUAGACAACGGCCUGGCCUUCCCCCUCAAACACCCGGACUCCUGGAGAGCCUACCCUUUCUACUGGGCGUGGCUAUCCCAAGCCAAAGUUCCUUUCUCCCAAGAAAUCAGAGAACUGGUCCUGCCCAAGCUCUCUGACCCAAAUUUCAUCAAAGACCUGGAAGAGGAUUUGUACGAACUUUUUAAGAAAGACCCUGGUUUCGACAGAGGACAGUUUCACAAACAAGUAGCUGUAAUGAGGGGGCAGAUCCUGAACCUGUGCCAAGCCCUGAAGGACGGUAAAACCCCCCUGCAGUUGGUCCAGAUGCCCCCAGUAAUCGUGGAAACAGCCAGAGCACCUCAAAGAGCCAACAGCGAGUCGUACACACAGAGUUUCCAGAGCAGAAGACCCUUCUUCACCUGGUGGUAAAAGUGAAGAGGAAGGAGGAGGAACAGCAGGAAGCAGGAGCGAGGGAAGGAGCGAAAAAACUGUCAGAGAAAAAUAAGAUCAUGAAAAUGAAAAUGAUUAUCGACCUGCCCUCCUCUGAUGAGUGAGUGGGUGGAGAGAGGAGGCCAAAAGAGGAAGAAUUUCACAACAUAUCUGUCCUGUUUGCCUUGUGCCUUGCGUGGAUGUCAAUGAAGGGUAACGCCUAAAUGAUAAAGAUUCUGUACAUUUCUGCAAGAAAAUUCCUAUUUUCAGUGCAGUGUCAGACUUUUCUUUUGGACUCCUGAGUAAGUGCACGUAAAGUUUGCCCACACACGUGCACGCCAGUCAACAGCCUAUCAUGCUUUCUUUUUGGAUGGGAGGUGUUGCAUUCCAUGUUUGUUUUGUCUUCAUAUCUCCGCCUUUUUUAAUAUUCACCUGCAUAUUCCCUCCCACACAGUUAAAAGCCUGGGGCUGGCAAAAGCAGGGGUGAAGAUAUUUUUAACAAAUAAGAGAAGUGUUCAUUUUGGUGAAGUCUAAACGAUUAAGGAACUGGGCUUUCAGUUGUGUCAUUACACCAUGAACAAUCAUGGCCUCACAGUUACUCAUUGCACCUCCUAACUGUUCGGAUUGGGAUCUGCAAGUCAUCUUGGGUGAUAAGCAGAGGCCAUUUUGGUGAAAGACACAAACUGUUUGCUUAAGCUGAGAUAACUGUGACCUUCCUUCCUCCACUGAUGCGUGAAAUCAUUUGUGAAGAUGAGAAAAUGAUACCGUCUGGAAGAGGAGGGUGUGGAGGGGGGUCGGUGAUUCCCUGUCCACAAACUCCUUUAUUCUCUCACGGACAUGUUGAUUUUUUGUUAAUUUUCUGGCUCUAAGAGUGGACCUCAACAACAUAGGUUACUUACUGCUGUACAGAACUGACAUGAAAUGUAUUGUGACAAUGCACUGUAUAAUUUGUAUGUAAUAUUUAAUGAUAGAUUAUAAUUAAACAUAUUCCGCUAAUACA